UCCCAAUAGUACUGUAAAUGUGAAAAAAUAUACAAAUCUACAUAAGGUACACCCCCAUCAAAUGACAAAGAUCCACCGGUCCAUGGGCAGAUUUUCAAGAUGGCGACAACUCAACGCACUCAGCAAGCUCAGGGCGACACCAGGCAAGAACUGUCUGAACUCGUCAAGAGGAAACAGGAAUUAGCGGAAACCCUGGCUAAUUUGGAGAGACAGAUCUAUGCCUUUGAAGGGAGCUACCUUGAAGAUACCCAGAUGUAUGGGAACAUCAUCCGUGGAUGGGACAGAUACCUGACCAAUAACCGGACCACCAACAGUAAAGCUGACAGAAGAAACAGGAAGUUUAAGGAAGCAGAACGACUCUUCAGCAAGUCUUCUAUAACAUCACACGCUGCUAUUCAAAGUGUCAUUCAGAGUCAGCCCCAGCCAUCAGAGGAGAAAAGAGAUGCCAUGCAGGACCCUGCGGAGGUGGGACACGACAGCGGGAGUCAGAGCAGCACGUCCAGUCAACACGCCACCAACGUCGUACACUCCGGCAGGGUGCACAAAAGUUCUCACAAGAAACGGAAAAACAAGAGCAGACAUCACAGGCUGGAAGUCAAGCUGAACAAAAAAGGCAGAGGUGAUGUAGAUGAGUACUGAUGCUGGACUACUGUGGCUGUGAGGGACGUUGGAUGGCUACAAUGCAGCAGGUUUUAGUGUUAUAAUUAAGAUUUCAUAUCCCAUCUUCUGUAACAGAAGGGUAUUAGGGGUCCCCUAAAACCGAGGGAAAUAGGAUAGUUGUAUAGUUGUCAUUGUCAGUACAAAGACAAGACACUGAAUAGUCAAUGUAUUGUAAAUAGUACAUACUUUUUCUUGGGGUUUAAGGGACCUUACGGUAAAACUGGUUUCAAGCCAUAUUUCCAAGUUUGUGUCCUGAUCAUACAUGUAAAUAAUAACUUCCUUUUAUGUCAUACCUGUCAUUCUA